GUGCGCGCAGCUCUUCAUGGCGUGCGACCACCUCGCCUACAUGAGGGCGGCCCCGGAGAUGGAGCAGUACUGCCAGAACGACCCUGCAGAGUGGUACAAACGCUUGACCAGCCACCUCGCGUCGCCGAUGUACAAGAUCGACUUGAAGGCGAAGAUCAAGGCCGGUAUCGAGCCGCUACGUGAUACGCUCUCCGAUCUCUUCACGAAGCUCAGCAUCUUGCACGACGCUGCGCACGGGCAAGAUCUGAAGCCGCGGCCGCAGGAGGUGAUGGUCGACCUCUGCACGCGAGUGGGCAUACCCGCGCUCGAUGAACUGGACCUGAACGAUGAGGCUAAGGAGGAGAUUCGCAACCUCUUCGAGUCCAUCGAACAGAUGGCGAGACAGGAUACACACUUUGACUUUCAGGUGUACUUGUAUGGGAUGCUGGAGGCAGCAGUCCGCUUCGAUUUCGCGGCGGUCUUCCUCAAUGCAACCGAUGGUAUGGAUAUCUUGAACGGCCUAGGUGCAAUUCUCGCUAGGACGAUAGGAAUCUUGGAGCUUCCAUGGAUACGCGAUAAGUUGAUAGAGGCCGAGAUGGCUAAGUUUGUCAAGGGAGUUGGAGAGCGCCUCGGGCGCAUGUACGGUUUGUGGAACUAGACGU